AUGGCAGCGGCGUGGCCAACGAUUGGAGAGAGGACUACUCCGAUGAACACGACGGGAGCAGCUCCGGCAAAUGGAGGUCCGGCACCUGUUCCGGGAAACCCGGCGAUGGGAAUUCCGUCCAUCUCAGCGACUAGGUCAACUAUUGCAGAGGUAAUUUUUGAUCCAGAGUCUCAGUCAAACCCUUUCUUUCUUCACCCCAAUGAGAGCCCAGCCCUAGUGCUCGUCUCGACGCCAUUGGAUGGUUCAAAUUACCAUCCAUGGGCGAGAGCCAUGACGAUGGCAUUGUCAUGCAAGAACAAACUCAAGUUUGUUGACGGCUCUAUCCUCAAACCUCCCAAAGAUGAUCGGAAAUUCGAGGUUUGGGGACGCUGCAAUGACAUGGUGGUUACUUGGAUUGUCCGGUCGUUAUCUCCUACGAUUGGACGCAGUGUUCUAUGGAUUGACACUGCAUAUGGCAUAUGGAGAGACCUGAAACGUAGGUUCAGUCAACAAGACUUGUUUCGGAUUGCCGAGAUCAAGUGUGAAAUCUACCAGACGAAACAGGGUGAUGGUUCUUUGAAUGAAUAUUUCACCCAGCAAAAAUUGUUGUGGGAUGAACUCCAAAUACUCAGACCUACUGUUAGCUGUGAAUGUACUUUGAGGUGUGAAUGUGGUAGCAAAAUCGAUCAAUUGAAUGAGCAAGUAGAAAAGGAUAAGCUCUCUAUCUUCCUCAUUGGUCUACACGAUAGAUACACUGGUGCAAGGAACCAGAUUAUGCUUAUGAGACCUCUUCCAGAUGUGUGUGAUGCCUACUCCAUGAUAGCACAACAAGAGAGACAGUUCCAUAUUGGGAACACUGGUUUUAACAGCCAACUGCAUCAAGUUGGUGAAAAUGGGACUUCUGGCAGUGUGUUGAUGUCCAGGGCAGCAGGUAGUUCCCAACAAAACUUCAAGAGAUUCACAGGCAACAAGAAACCCACAUGUACCUUCUGUGGGUACACUGGACACACAGAAGACAAGUGCUAUAGGAAGCAUGGUUUCCCACCUGGAUGGAAAUCAAAGCCAAGAAGCCAAGGUUCUGUUAAUCAGGCUCAGGGACCAUUGAUAGUUCAACAGCAAGCUUCUGAUGAGAAUACUUCAUUCACUCAUAAUGAUUUCAAAAGAUUUAUGGAGUUUGUCCAAAUCCAUAAGUCAUGUGGAGACAAAGGGGUUCUCAGUUCACCUCUGGAUCAAGAAGCACAGGUGAACACCAUAUCUGCUAAUAUCAUACCAAGAACUCAAACUGAAGGUACAAGCUCAUCUCUCAAUCUUGCAAAUCACAAACAAUAUAAAUGGAUAUUGGACAGUGGUGCUACCCACCAUAUUGUGUGCUGUAUAAAUUUACUGACUGAUAAAAGGGAGGUUCAUGAUAUACAUGUCAGUUUGCCUAAUGGACAGAAAGUUAGCAUUACUUGUAUUGGUUCUGUAUAUCUGUCCAAGGAAUUUGUUCUGCAUAAUGUGUUAUAUGUCCCUGGAUUUCAGUACAACUUAAUAUCUGUGGGAGCCUUUGUUAGGAGUUCCAGAUGCACAAUGAGUUUUCAUACUAACCAAUGUAUGAUACAGGGGACAUUCAUGGCAAGAUGA